AUGCUUGAUUUACCGGUGAGGUAUUUGCAUAUACAGUUAAGACAUGGAAGCUUGAAUGUUACCGAAUCUGUUGGACCUUUGCGAGUAUCGAUCGCAGGAUUGUGCCGAUACAGGCGGCAGCUGACUGAUAAUCAUGAUGGUUCUUACGUAUUACGCAUUCGAUUGUGGUCUUCAUGCGAAAGGCUUGUUGUGAAUGUACAUUCUCCAGAAGGAAUUGCACUUUGUGACUCACCAAUUAUCCUUGCAAAAAGUAAUGGAGAUUUGCUUUAUUCGGAGUACUGUGACUGCCCGACCAAAGACCUUGCUGAAUGGAUGAAAGAGGCUGGCUGCCCAGCCGAAUACAGGCAGCUUGACAGUGAUUUGAAUUACUGGCCGAAGAUUGACUUCAGAAGUGUCUUGUCAACAGUCCAUCUGAACUGGGCUAAACCGCAGCAGCGAUACAGUAUCGCUCUCUGUCAUUAUCAGAUCGUUAAUAACAAGGUGGGCAAGCAUUUCUUUUUUUUUUUUGUUUGUGAUUGCGUUGCGAAGCUUCUAAUUACUUGGAAUGAGGGAAGGAGGAGAGAAAAUGCACUUGCUAAAAACUAG